GUCGACGCCGAACUCGAAUUCCUCGGCAGCACUGCCACCAGCGCCGGCACCGCCUUGACUGGCAUUCUCUCCAAGCAAAAUGGGUGUAGCGAGAAGCUGAUCGCUGAGCAGCUUGGAACUGGGGGGAAUAACCUCCAGAUGCGAGCCCUGGCCACUGCCCUUGACUAUUUCGUUGAACGCCGUGAGCUUCUUCUGAUUCUCCUCAUCUAUAUCGCCAAACAGCACAAAGUCGACACUCGUGUUGGCCUUCUUCAUCUUCUUGGCGAGCUUGACCAGGUCGCUCUCGAUGUCUUCGAUGGGGGAGCAGACAAACACGACGAUGCGCGCCCGCUGGGAUUUGUUUUGUCGGUGCUUGAGGGCGAGCUACAGAAGACACCAUCGGUCAGUAUUAUGAGAAGUCGAUCCUCACUGCGCAGCAACUCACAUGUGCUACUUGAAUACCAGUCGCAAGAUGAGCGGAUCCACGGAUGUUCUUUUUCGUCCGAUGCAAGCCUUCGAGGAUCUUGCCUUGAUCUACCGUAAGAGUCGCCAGAACCUCAGGGCCCUUGCCGCCCAUGCUCAUAAGACCGACCGACGACUCGGGGUUGCCCUGGAUGACGUUCUGGAAGAGGAUGUUAAUGGCAUCGCAUUGCGCCUCGAACCGGGUUGGUGUGUAGUCGCCGUUCCUGCUGCUCUCGCUGUUGUCCACCACGAUCAUGACCGCCUCGAGCACCAUGUUGGGCAGUUGGUUUGGGGUGUUGUCUGAAUAAGGAGAAGCAAAAUUGGAUUGGCCGUAGUUUAUCAGUAAAACACUGACAAAGGGAGAUGGGCUGUGCAAUUGUCGGGUGGUUUGAAGUUGAAGCUUCGAAAAGCAACUGGAAGUCAAUGUGCUGGGGUAACAGAGCUCCCGCCUGCGUAAGGCGGUUCAGCCUGGAGACCGUCACGCCGACACCCAACCCUGGUCCAAAGCCUCAAGGUAGCGUCACCGAUAAGGCCUCACACUGUGCCGCUAUCAGCAGGUAGCGGUACCACCUGGGGAUGCGCCUGGCUGACCCCACCAAAAUUCAAGCCCCACAGGCAACCGUGCGCCCCCAAACACCUAGCUCUGGCAUUUGUUUACUUUGCAAACGCGGGCCACUCACGUCAAAGAUGGCGGGUAGCCCUUCCCACAUUUCGACUGUUCACUCAACUCGCCCCUGACGGAUCUUGUUUUGACCAGAAUUUGGCACAGGACUUCUACAAUUCAAAUAUUCUACGGACGAAAUACUUGAUCUAUCUCCUACAACCGCGUUCAUCAGCCUAUUGCGCCGUAAUUUCUUCCCAAUCCGAUAAAAUCACAGAAUCAAUGUCGAGCGACAACGAAAUGGCCAUGGUGCCGACAGAAACGGCCCUAGACGGUCAAAGGAGUCCGAUCAAGAUGAGGAAAAGAGGUGUCACAGCCACGCAGAAGCAGGCUCUCAUGGAGAACCUUCAACUCGAGAUUACCGAACGAGCCCGCAAACUCCGAACAAACUACAGCAUCCACGCGCAAAGUCUUCGGACACGAAUUGAAAUACGCGUCAACCGCAUCCCAAUGUCCCUCCGAAAAAUGAAGAUGGGCGACUUGCUUGACAAGUACUCCAACCAACAACGACCCCCCGUAGCCGGCUACCUCAAAGGACCCCCCGUACCAGAAAAGGACUCCAACCCUUCCAAGGUCUACCCUCCCCGAGCAGGAGGCGUGACCUACCCAUCCGCAGCAGCAGGUGCCCCGCCCAAGCGCCGCAGCCACGAGAUGACCGGCGGCGACAAGGAAAACGAAAACGACGCGCUCGCUAACCCGAAGAAGCGUCCCAGAGCCGAGCAAUUGCCGCCGCCAUCGUCAUCCCAGGCGCAGCCUCCUCCACCACGAAGCCAAAACAACAGCAACGUCCUCUCCCCCACCUCCUCAAACACCCGGAUGGCCGGUAGAUGCAACCCCACGACUACACCAGGCAACACCAUCCGCUCGGGAAUCGCCCGCCCAACGGGAAAUGUCUCCCCGACCAAAGGCACCACGUCAACCUCCCACUCUUUACACAAUACCAUCUCCCGUCCCCCACCGUCCGUCUCCCGCCCUGGAACAUCGGCUUCGGUCAGAAAAAUGAACUUUUCAUCAUCCACCUCCACCACAGCCUCUUCCUCCGCAGUGAAGAGAAAACGCGCCUUGACAGCUGCUGCGCCUACCCCGCAAGCGGUAAGAACAACCGGUGCCAACCGGACUGGGCAACAACAACGAAGGAUUAGUGGCACUUCGGAGUCUAGCGAGGCGAGCACGGGAACGGUGAUUAAGAAGCGGCCGGCGACGGCGCCGGGGGAGAGGCCCCCGAUCACGAAGGCGAUGGCUGGGGGAAGUGGGCACGCAAAGAGCAAGAGUGGUGUUUCUGGGGUGGGAGUGGGGAAGAAGGCGGCGACUGUUGGGGCGAGCGCGGGGAAGAAGGUCGUUGCCGCUGCGGCGGCGGGAGGGAAGGUUGGGACGACGGGGAGUGCAGCGGGACGGGUGUUGAGGAAGAGGGCGCAGGUGUAG